GUGGUUGUGUAGUACAGUUGCUUAAGUCACCUUAAAGCCACUUCUUUAUGUAGUCGCUGAUAAAAAAUACGACAGGGUUUUAGUUGGCCAAUAUAGUUUAUCUAUAAAUAUGUGUUCUAUAAUAAUAUUUCAAACGAUAUAGGAUGAAAUAUUUAUAAAGUUAAGAAGCAUUCAGUAUUCCAAUUGUUAUUUAAAUUACGAAUGCUGAUAUUUUAUUGUAACCGCAUGUUACAUAGUUCAAUAUAAUUGUCGAAACACACACAACACACACAGUUCUCUAGCCCUUUCUUGUUGUAACAUUGAAUAUUGAAUAUUGAACGUUUGUACAUUAUCAUAAAAAUAUAUAUACUUUUUUUUUCUUUAAAUUAUUCGUGUAAUAACAUUUAUUACUAGUACAAUGUUACAUUGAAUGGAUUUAUUUAUCAUUAUUUCAUUUUUAAUUGUACUUAAUAACAUUAAUUAUGGCGAGUGAAGUACAAAUGAACGAAGAAUUGGAACCUGUCUCCAACGCCAUGAAUGUAGACAAAUCGGUUGUUGAAGAAUUGGCAGAGGCAAAGAAAGAAAUAGCAAAUCAAUAUUAUUCUUUGAAACAAUAUAAAAAAGCAUUAACCGGAUAUAAUGAAGUUAUUGAGAUGUGUUCAGAUGAACCACGUUAUUAUGGUAACAGAGCAGCCUGUUAUAUGAUGCUUGGCCUAUAUCGUAACGCUUUAGUUGAUGCUAAAAAGUGCAUUGAAUUGGACCCAUUGUUUCUCAAAGCAUACAGCAGGAUUAUCAAAUGUUCAUUGAUUUUGGGUGAUAUCAUAGAAGCUGAAACUAAUAUAACUAAACUUUUGGAAUUAGAUCCUGAUAAUACAUCUGUAGCUACUGAAAAAAAGGACUUGGAGUAUAUACAGAAGUAUCUUAAGGAUGCGGAUACUGCUUACGCAGUGAAAGAUUUCCGUAAGGUUGUAUAUUGUAUGGAUCGAUGUUGCGAUGUUAGUACAUCGUGCACAAGAUUUAAAUUAAUCAAAGCCGAAUGUCUUGCAUUCUUAGGAAGAUACGAAGAAGCACGAAAACUUGCCAAUGAUGUUUUGCAUAUUGAUAGACAAAAUGCGGAUGCUAUUUAUAUUCGUGGUAUGUGUUUGUAUUUCCAAGAUAACAUUGAGCGAGCUUUCGGACAUUUUCAACAAGUAUUAAGAUUAGCACCUGAUCACGAUAAGGCAUUGGAAAUUUAUAAGAGAGCGAAAACUUUAAAAAAAAAGAAAGAAGAUGGGAAUGCAGCAUUUACAAUGCAACGCUAUCAAGAAGCUUACAAGUUAUUUACAGAGGCUUUAACUAUAGAUCCUCAAAAUAUAAUGACUAAUGCUAAACUUCAUUUUAAUAAAGCAACAGCAGCUUUUAAAUUAGGAAGAGUGAAGGAAUCGAUAACAGAAUGCACAGAAGCUUUAAAACUCGAUGAAAAUUAUCUUAAAGCUUUGCUUAGGAGAGGAUCAUCUUAUUUGGAAUUAAAUGAAUACGAAGAUGCUGUUCGUGAUUUUGAGAAAGCGUGUAAAAUAGAUAACAGUCGUGAAAAUAAGAGAUUCCUUAUGGAAGCAAAAAUGGCUUUGAAAAAAUCGAAAAGGAAAGACUAUUAUAAAAUAUUAGGUAUCGAUAAAAACGCAUCAACCGAUGAUAUUAAAAAAGCAUAUAGGAAACGGGCUAUGGUUCAUCAUCCAGAUCGACAUGCUAAUGCAACUGAAGGGGAAAAGAAGGAACAAGAAAAGAAAUUUAAAGAAGUUGGAGAAGCAUAUGGUAUUCUAUCGGAUCCGAAGAAACGUUUGCGUUAUGAUAAUGGUCAUGACAUUGAUGACAAUGACAGCAGUAUGCAAGACAUGGAUACUCGUGGAAUGUUCCCAACGUUCUUUUCUCCAGAUGCGGGCUUUCAAUUUCGUACUGAAUUUUACAAUGGUUACAGUUUUCAUUUGGGUUAAUAACAUUCCAAAGCGCAUCAUGAUAUGACAGUAUAUCUUAUUAUAAUACUUUAGUUUAUUUGAUAUAAAAAAAAAAUAUAACGUUUUUCCCUUUUGCAAUCGUAUUAAUUAAUUAUAUAUUUAUUGAUCUUGACAUUUAGAUCAUCAUUAUGUACAAAGUCGUAUAAUGUAGUAGAUUAUUUUGUAUAAAUUUUGCUUUUCACAUGUUUUUAAUCCAUGAAAACAGAAAAACAAAAUUAAAUAAAAUAAUUAGUCUCAUUCUUUUUUCAAUAUAGCAAGUAUAAGAUCUUUCAUAAAAAUUGGUUUUGUGAUUAAUGUUUGAACAUUGAUUAGAAUGAUAAUAUUUAAUAUAGAUUUUCUUUUUUCUUUUUUUUUUUUUGCAAAAAUAUUUUCUCUAAAUUCGUACACUUAAUUUACUUUGCAUAAUAUAUAUAUAUAUAUAUAUACACACACAACAAUUCAUUUAUUCUAUUUCCGAAUAUUUUUAGAAUUAAAUUUAGCAAAAAGAGGACACGUAUAGAAAAAACAUAUUGAAAAGUCAGUCCUUGUUAUUGUUAUUAGAAAUGAUAAUAAAAAUUAACAGCUACUCUAGUGAAAUAUUUUUUGUUCACCUAAAUGUAAAUCUUUUAUAUCGAAAAGAAAGAAUAUGGAUAGAUUUGGAAUAUGGGUUUAGGUUUUGCUUAAAAAUAUACAAUAUAUUUGAAUUGAAAAGUUAUACAUAUAUAUAUGUUUAUGUAUAUAAAAUAUACAUAUAUACCAAUAUGUUUUAUUACUAAAAUAUGUAAGCUAAAUUACUUUCACACGAUGUAAUUUGUUGUAUAUUUUAUGUUCUCAAUUAAGAAGAAAAUACAUAACUAACUUGAGUUAAUUAAUUAAUUAUUCAAUUAAUAAUAAUAAUAAUUAUUAUUAUUAUUUAAUUUUAUAUUCGGCAUGAAUUACAAAUGUCACUUUUGUUCUUAUUUUUAUUUAUUAUAAUAAGAUCAUAAUUCAAUAGAUUGUGAAAAUUUGUCUGAUAUCCAAAUAUUUUGUUGCGGGCGACAUUGAGUUAAUAUAUUAGGGCCUAUGUUUCAAUAUUUGUUUGAUUUACUUAGUAAAAAUGA